GUAAAAUUAGUUGGCACCAUCUUUCUCUUUUUUGCCUCUUUGAACCGUCUAAGCUAACCAAUCUUCCUUGUAUAUAUAUACCCAAUGGAAACACACAAACAGAGCAAUCACAGCACAUAGACAGACUGAUUUUUCAUCUGAUUCUUGUGAGAUCAAUCCAGAUUUUUUAUUUCUAUUUCUGACCAUUCAGUGUAUGAAACGAGGCAUCAUUUGAAAAUUUUCUCUUGGUGGCGUUUGGCGAGAAAAUUUAAUGUUUUUGCAUACUGGGCUCUGAAAGGCAAAGAGUUUCCAAAACCCAUCUGGGUUUUUGUGGAUUAACUUUGAUAGUUUAUUGUAGAGUAGGAGAAAAUCAGAAGAGGAAAAUGGGUAUUGUUCAUCAAGAAGCGAUCAAGCAAUUCCAAUCUCUGAUUGAGAAAGUGGAUGAGCCAAAACAGGAGACAUUUAAGAUUAUGCACCAGGGUCAUCCAACUCAAACUUUGGUGCGAUUUCUCAAAGCAAAGGAAUGGAAUGUGGGCACGGCCCAUAAAAUGUUGGUUGAUUGCUUAGAAUGGAGGAUACAAAAUAAGAUUGAUAGCGUACUAUCGAAACCAAUUAUCCCCACGGAAUUGUAUAGAUCAAUUCGAGAUUCUCAGCUUGUAGGGUUAUCAGGAUACUCAAAGGAGGGUCUUCCUGUCAUUGCUGUUGGUGUUGGGCUCAGCUCUCACGACAAAGCAUCAGUGGAUCACUAUGUGCAAUCACACAUCCAACUAAAUGAAUAUAGAGAUCGUGUGAUACUGCCUUGUGCAACCAAGAAGCAUGGGCGGUUUAUUGGUACCGGUAUAAAGGUUAUGGAUAUGUCUGGUUUGAAGUUUUCAGCGUUGAGCCAAAUGAAGCUGUUGACGAUUAUAGCCACAAUUGAUGAGCUGAAUUAUCCAGAGAAGACAGAAACGUACUAUGUUGUCAAUGCCCCUCGCAUAUUUUCCGCAUGUUGGAAGGUCGUAAGGCCUCUUCUACAAGAAAGGACGAAGAAGAAAGUUCAGGUAUUGCAAGGUUGUGGGAGAGAUGAGUUAUUAAAGAUAAUGGAUUAUGCAUCUCUUCCCCAUUUUUGUCGCAAAGAAGUUUCCCGUUCUUCGAAGUAUUCUGGACAUGGGACUACAGACAAUUGCUUCACCUUGGACCAUGCCUUCCAUCAACAGCUCUACAAUUACAUCAAAGAGCAAGCCAAGCUUAUGGAGCUCGUUUCGCCCAUCUCGCGGGGGUCUUUCCAUGUGGAUAUCCCUAUUACCGACACUGAGGAUUCCACGAUAGCUAAAACAAUCGUAUCAGAGCUUCGGAGGCUUGAGGGAUCAUAAUGAGCUCUCAAAUUCAGUGAAUGGCCGUUAACCAUAAUUAGAAUUAUCAUAUUCAGAGAUCUUGCUUGCAUUAGGCUUAAUGCAGGUUUUGUAGGAUAUACUAAUUAUCUUUAAGCAGAGUUUAGGUAAAUAAUGUUAAAUGCUUC